AUGUCUGAGAUCACUUGCGAGGAUGAUCUGGUGCAAUAUCUCAGACGUCCUGUCCACAAGUCCACUAGUCCUUUAACCGACUUCUUUUUCCACUAUCGCACACCCGAGCAGUUCAGCCAUCUGUCAAGCAAGACUUUUCGGAUUCUGCCUGCCGGCAAUAAUGGCACACGCACUGUCCCUUUCUCUGCUCCUGACAAGGACACUCGUUCGCAAUCGCGCAAUCUCAAUGAUGCUGUCGAAGCCGCUCAAGCCCGUGCGAAUCCCAACAGCUUGGAAAAGGACGUGAUUACGCUCGACGACGACAAGAGUCUUCCUGGUAUUUCGGACCAAGAUCGAGACUCAAUUAGCGAAAAGACUUGUCUGAAUCGUCGGCCUUUCAUCAAGCAGAGACAUAGAUCAGAUACUCUCAAGCUACUCAUGUUUGAGGAGAACCGUCAAGAAUUGGAGAAGGACAAGGAGAAGAAUCAGGAGCAGGAGUUCCGCAUGAGCAAGGCACUUGGUGACUUGGCUAAUCAGCUUUGCGAGCAAGAAGUCGGGAUUGGAGAUGCACGUGACAAUAUCAUGGAACAGAUCUGCCAACUCGAUGCACGUUACGAUGAGACUGCGGAGGAGUGGAAAGCCGAGGAGCAGGAGCUGCAGCACCAAAUCGACGACAAGCAUGAGAAGAUCGCCAGAGAAGAAGCUGCGAUUGAGAGCGAGCGGCAAGACCUUCAGACUGUCAACGAAACGCUAAACAACAACUGCAGCGGGCCGAAAAGCGGCGCGGCGUCUUCGACUCAUCCAUGGACACGAGCAUGA